CGAACCUCCUUCACCCUUCUUUUUUCUUCCGGCAUCUAAAAAUGGCUGGCAAUUUGCCUACUCAGCUUAUAGUGUACUGCUCUUUCUAAUGGGAAAAGUUGAUUUUUUUAGGGUUGUAUUUCAGGGUGAUAAGACAACGUUCUUACCUGGUGAAGUUAUCCACGGUAAUGUUAACGUUAAGGUAAACAGCGAUCUUAAACUUCGCGGCAUUCGAGUGGAAUUCCACGGGGAAGCGAAGGUCUACUUGUCUGGCGGAGAUCAUAGGAGAAAGCGCCCAGCCAAUAGUGAAGAGUACAUUAACCUGGUAGCCACCUUGUAUGGGAAAGGUUAGUCAUUUAAACACUUCUGUUGCUAUUUACACAGCUUCAAGAUCUUUGCGGGUUGAUGUUAUUAUUAAUUACAGAAGCUUAUGACAUUAGCAGAGAAAACAUAUGACAUGAUUUAGAAAUUGACAGAAUUUUUACUUAUUGAUUGUCAAAGCUUCUAAGGCUUAGUGCAAAGAAGUUGUAAGAAUUAGCGAUAUGGUUAUAGAUAGAUGAUAAUUUGAUAGCCAUGGUAGACUCAGUUUGGCCUAGGUUUCUAGAGAUUUCCUGCGUAAUAUUUACACGCGUCAACUCGCCUAAACACCACAACAGACAGAGGCUUGUUUUGGGACCAGACAGGUUAUUAAAUGUAUAUAUCCUACGUAAAUAGAACAUUACACUAUUACACAAAAUAUAUUUGACGAAUACACUAAACCAACGGUCCAAUAAUCAAGAAUAAAUUACAAACACGAAUGAGAUUAAGAUACAAUCAAAACUGUCGAUGGUGUGGGUGGAAGGGAAACUAGUAAAACUUUCUUAAAGCUAGAAAUAAGCUUUUUACUUGCUUGCUUGCUAGAUAACUAACAGUAGAAAUAAUUUCGCCAUUAAAACGCGUUGGCGUGGUGAAUAGUCAUUGGCUCUACCCAAGUCUUAUGACUUGCAUGCUGAACAAAUUGCUCAAAUUGAGGAAAGGCUAAUAUGCACCUUGCCUGUACCCAGUCCAGACCUCUCAGUUAUCGAUGUCUAGAUUCAUAUUUAUAGAGAUUAAUAUUCACUUCAAAAAUAUUGUGUAACUAAAUAACUGGUCUGUGGAAAAAAAAAUGUUUGAACUGCGUAUUAAAUUAAAGAGGCAUUGACUCCAAAGCUUGAACUGAAGGGCCAGACAGGUGGAGUGACUUAACUUUGUCAUUCAGCUUGCUGGGUGAUGAUUUGAAGGUACUGGUUAACUAAGAACAGAAUGAUAGUAAAACAUGAAAUGUGUAAUAAAAGUUAAUUGGUGCCAGUUCUGAGAAAGUGAAACAGUUCAAAUGUAUCACACGAGAUGACCAUUUUGAACCCAUGCCUUAAAGUCAUUUAAUUUCAGCUACAUGUAUAAAAGCCCUAUCCUACUCCUAUGAUUUGCAUGGUGAACAAAGUGCUCAGUCCAAGAGAGGACUAUUAUGUAAACUGCCUGUGCCUACUUUAGACUUCUCAGUUAUCAAUGUCUAGAUUUAUAUUUAAUAGAGAUCAAUAUUCACAGUUUUCUUGUUAAUAUUGUACAUCUGUAACAUAUUAUAAAGAAAUAAUCGUUUGUUUCAAUCCACCACAACUUCUUGCUUGAGGAACUAAUGAAAGCCCAGUGUUUGCAAAAUAAUCAUGAACAAAGCAGAGAUUAAGUCCCCUGCUAUGACUUUGCUGUGCAAAAAUAAUGAGGCAUUUAAAUUUAUAUGGUAUGAAACAUAUUGAAAUACGGUCUUAACUUUAAAAAGCUCAGGUCCUGUGUGCUGUUUUCAUCAACCACUUACCUGCCAAGAUUUGGCAACAGUUACUUCUCUCAGUUGGCAAAAGAGGCCUAGGGGUAUGGUUCAAUUAGAUUGUGCACUUAGUUUAUACUUUACCUCUAAGAGCUAAUAAUAAUGCCACUGCUAUGAAGUAAAAAAUUGUAUGCAUUUUUUAAAAUGAAUUUAAAAUGACAUUCUUCUUUUAGCACCUGAGCAGUCUGGUGAAAAUCCAGUGCUAGGGCCAGGAGAGUACAGCUUUCCAUUCCAGUUUCACAUGCCAAGUGAUAACCUGCCAACAUCCGUUGAAGGAAACUUUGGUCAUGUGCGAUACUGGCUUAAAGCUUUCAUCGAUCGUCCAUGGAGAUUUGACAUUACAACAAAAUCAGUGUUCACUGUUAUUGAACGUGUUGACAUAAAUCUAACACCAGGCUUAUUGGUAAGUGUCAGCUUAUGAUUAAAUGACCAACAAAUAUUUUGCCAUCUUAAGUUUCACAGUACUGUCUACAAAAAUACUGUCCAAGUUUUAAUUAAAACCCUUCAAUCCCUUAGAGUGACUAGCAUCUGAUUUCUCCUCGCAGUAUCACUAAAGUAUCGAACUGAAAGGUCAUGGGUGUAACUAAAGAUACUCUUGAUGAAUUGUCAAAUAAGUUCUCAUUAUCAGUACCCUUGGACCUGUAUAGAGAACAAUAUGGAGAGUGUAUAUAUUGAUGUUUAAGGGUGUAGGGUUGGAAAAGCUUGAAGGAGGAUAAAAGUGUAUAAAUUGAAAAGAGACUAUUUACCAUGUCUGAAUGUGAAAUGUCUACGCCAUCAGAAUUAGGGUAGAAAGCAGAAAAUUCUGCAGAGUGCCAGGGAAAUUUUUCAGUCUCCUAUACUUGACAGUGAAGUUAAAGUACCCUUUUUUAGUGCAAAAUGGGGGACAACUUUCAGUUAAAACAAAAACUUAAAUGAGUUUUUGGAUUCAAUUUUCCUGGGUUGUAAUAAAUUAUAUAUGUUUCAAUGGUUUUUCUGUCCAAUUAGCAACCUUGUCAAGUUGAAAAAGAACAACAGUAUGGAUUUGCUUGCUUGGCUGGCCCUAUUAAUGUGACUGUUCAAACAGACAGAGGAGGUUACUGUCCAGGGGAAUCUAUUGCAUUUUCAGCAUUCAUUAACAACCAAUCAGGCUGCGGCCUCAGUGGGGCAGAGAUUAUUCUGUAUCAAAUUUCAGUCUACACAAUUAAGGGUGGUAAGUUAAGGGUGGGUGGAAAAGAAUAGCAGCUAAUUGAGGUAACAGCCAUUAAAUGGUUGGUUGAAUUAGAAUGGAGUUAUUGAAGUAGCCUAGUGUCUCAAGCCUUAAAGUAGUCUGCUGCUGCUAUAUUAUUAUUGUCAGUUUCGGAAGGGUGAAGAUAAAUGAACUAAGAAAUCAAUAUUGCUACCCUUCCCAAAUAGGGAUAUUAAUCUUUUCAUGAUAACACACUCCAUACCUCAGUUCUUAACUUGUUGUCAGAAAAUAAUUGAAAAAUUACAACUCUUAUUAAGCUAACUACAGUACAACCUCAUUUAUUUCAUUUGUGAUGAAGCAAAAUGAAAUCAGGAAGUGCAGUAUCAAAUAUUUGUUUUAUUAAUAAGUAUUCCUUACCCAACAUAAUACAAAUAAAUUUUUAUUUUUCCAUCUACUUUUAAUUUAGGUAUGAGUUCAGGUAAAACAUCAGGAAAGCGUGUAAAUGAAAUUGUGGCUUCAUUAAAAAGAGAUGAGAUCAGAGGAGUUGGAGAUCAUCACCUGGAGAUGGUACCACUUAAAAUUCCCUCCCUUCCCCCCACAAUGUCAAGUUGUAGCUGUAUUAAGAUAUCAUAUGAAGUGAAGGUAAUCUUAUGUGUAUCAAACAUGAUUGCUUCUUGGCACCAAAAUUUUGAGCAACAAGGAGUCAGAUUAGGUUACAUAAUGCCAAUUAAAUAAUUAAAUGAAAGUAAUUUUACCUUUUUUAAGGUGAAAAUCUUUAAGUUAUUAAUAUUAAAGAUUGCAUAUAUUAUUUAUGCAAAUGGUUUGAGCCUGAGGGUAACAUGUGGCAAUAGAGUAUGAUCGUCUAGGUGAUUGUAGUCCUGAGGAGGACUGUUGGUGGUAGUGGUGACUGACAUUUCGAUAACCUUAGCAGAAGUCAAGUAAGAUUUUAUCUUGAUUCUUCAUUUGAAAUAACAUCUCUGGAAAAAUUUAUAUAUGAUUGUUAAUGAGGAAGAUAUAAUUAUAUGGUUUCUAGAUUAUUCUCAUUUUGAAAUGCUUUCAUUCUCAUAACUGGGUGAUAAAUUAUAAUUUAAACAAAGUCGUUUCUGUUUAGCCUGACUACACAUUAUGAUUGCAGCUCAGAAUGGUGUUAUUGGUGUUUGUAAUUGGCAGAUAAUCAAUGUGGUGCACUGAUGUUCAAUUUUUCCACCUACAGUUCAUCCUCCAUGUCAGUGGAUGGAGAGCAAAGGACCUUAUUCUAUCAGUUCCAUUAACAAUAGGCUCUGUACCUUACCAACCACCAGUUCUUCCAGCAUCUGUGGAACCCUCAGCUCCCCCACUCUCCCCUCCCCCCUACUCUGAAGGUCAGACAUACCCUGGUGUGGGUAAGUGAUUAUCUAGACAAGAGUUUUGAAUUUGACAAACGGUAGUUUUUCGUUGAAGUCUCCUGACACAAUCUUCUUACAAUUCAUUUAUUGAUUUAUCUUUUUUUCUCUACAGUUCUUCCAUCGUACGCAGAAUGUGUGUAUGGUGGGGUGUCUGUUCGUGACGAGAAUGAUUCCAACGACAUGAUGAGUGACUCAACCUUCACUCCCAUGUAUCCGUUUGUUAGCCAUUACGAGGUUCCCUCUGCUGCAAGCCAAGACUCUGCUACUGUGGCUGCUGCUCAACAGCCACAAGUUUCAUCUAGUAAAGUGCCUCUGCCUUAAAUUUGAACAUUUGUACAAUUUCAUGCAUCGAAUUACUAGUCAGUGCUUAUUGUUUCCCCUCAGUUACGUCAAAGUACUUUAUGUCAAGUUUUCCAAUUUCUUUUUUAUUGUAACACGUUAAAAUUACCUCCAGCUCAAAGGUGAUUACACAUUAGCCCAGCUAAAUUAAUUAUAAAAAAGGGACAAAAAAAUGAGUAAGAAUUUACUGAGAAGGAACCUGGGCAAAUGAUGAAUUAGACUGAAACGGUUUUUGAUGAAAAAUGCGAAAAAUUUAGACCUCAAUGUAAUAAUGGACAUCUUUGGACUCUCAAUGACCUCAAUUGAAAAUUGCUCUCAAUGUAAUCAGAGUGUGGUGGAGAUGGGUGCUUGAAAUAAGACCUAAACUUUCUAGCAAUUGACUUUCAUAUUCCGUUUGAAAUGAGGUGAUAAUAUGUUUGAUUAAUUUCGUCUCGAUGAAGAUAGCUGAGCUUAGUAAGUAAUUAAGUAAGUAAACAAGUUAACUCUUUAUUUAAAGAGGGUAGCACUUAAUAGCCAAAGGUCUAAUAAACUUGUGGCUCUCUUACAAUACAUUUGAUAAUACUAAUGCAAAUAUAGAUAUCAAUAAGUAAAAAUAAAUACAUUAUAAUAGAAAUAGAAGAACAGUUUAAAAAAUUAAAAAUGUCAUGAAGAUGAUGACUUGUGAGUUUAAGUACUUUUUUAUCAAAUGACACAAAGGUAUAUAAGUUGUUUUAGACUCUGGAAUUCGCCUGACAUCUUAUUUAUUUAAAUUGUGGGUUCUAAAUGGGGUAAAAGAUCUUCAAUAAUUAGAAUUAGGAGACCGUCAAUUUUGAGCCCGCGAAUGAAGUAGAUACAGAUUUUUUUUGUAUCAUUUCUCUGUCUAUGAUAAUUAUUUUUAGAACAAUGUUUUACGAUUCGGAUUAGUGAUUUUCACUUUACCCUGAGCAGCGUUUUGCCCAAAUGUACAUUUUGCUGUCGGUUUAUGACUAUGAACAGUGAAGCGAUAAAAAAUGAUUCAGUGAUUUAUUCAGAAUUUUUUGAUGAAUUGUUAUGUUAAUAUAUAAAUCUUCUAGUAGGUCAGUAAUUAGGAAUAGGGUGUUAUUUGAAUAUCAAAAAAGUUCCAUAGUGUAACUAAAAAUAUUGGUAAUUCAAAUCGAAAUUUAUUAAGUUAGAAAGUUACAAAUAAAAUCCAACAAUUGAAACAAAAGUACGGUGAUCGAUUUGCAGCAACGCAGUAACUUGAUUAACAAUAUUUUGUAAUAUCGCGAUAUCGCGAUUGUCCCACUAUUUUGAGGAGAUGAUGUACUCCCCCCCACCCCCCAUGCUCCUGAAAAAAGAGAUUUUUGGAAACAUGCAGUCAGAGAAGCUUUUCCCCUCCUUAUUCUUGAUGAGCGAAUUUCGCUUAUUCUUGAUGAGCGAUUUCUUUACGCAAUAAUUUCCGUCUUCCCUCUCUCUCCAUAUUAGGGAAUUUUGAUAAUGUUCUUGUUCAACUGUCCGCGUGUUUUUUUUACUUUAAGAUCAGAUAUAUUAUAAUUGCUUGACAGUUAUGGAGACUCGAUUUCCUGUAUUAGGAAAGAUGAAGUACCGCUUUGUUGUUGUCCUAAUUAUUAUUAUUAUUGUUAUUAUUAUUAUUAUUAUUAAUAUUUUUAUUAUUAUUGGUAUUAUUAAUAUGCGACAGCCGCCUUAAUGAUAGAGAUUAUUUUCCUCCAACAAACCUUAUCGAAGUGGGAAGCCACUUUGUUCUAUUACCCAGAGAAACUCAUCUAAACAACGUAUGCUUGAGGCUUCUUUUGUUUCAGCUGCGAUCAGGUCUCCAAGCUAUUUUACCCAUCAGCAAAUAUGUGAAAAUUAGAAUAUGCAAAUUUCUGUAUAAGUUCUCCGCUCUAGUGGCUCUGUCUCUUUAUACAUAAAUAUGUUGUCAUCAAGGAUUACGAGCGAAUAUGUCUAAACGCGACUUUUAAGAGCAAGCAAUUGAGGAAACGUUUUCCAAUCAUAAACCUUCGUUUGACAGCUCAAUCUUCAAGCUAAAUUUUACCAUGUAGUGUACAGAACUAUCAUGGAAAGUAUAGAGUUGUUUGCAGUUGAAAUUUACGGGGAUGGAUGUUUUUAUCCGGGAGAUGUUGUGUACGGCGACGUAUAUUUGAAGACAAAUGAAGAACUGACGGUCAGAGAAAUUCGCAUCGAGUUUUAUGGGGAAGCAAAGGUUUCAUGGUCCGAGGCGGCGAGAAAGAAGCGACUUGGAACGCGUGAUUACUCGAAUUACGAGCAGUAUUUAAACAUUGCAGUAACAGUUUAUGGAAAGGGUAAGAAGCCACUGUACUUAGCUUGUAAAUAUUGAAUACUGCGGGUGUUUUAAAAUGCAUCAUUGAUCGCAAUUUUGAUCGGUGAAAAUCAGCUGGCUCUUGAGUCAAAAGUCACUUCGAUUUUGCAUUGCCGCAUAAUAUACAACUGAACUUUGCGGUUUGUUGCAUUGGCUAUCUUAAUAUUCAGUUGCAAAUACUUUGCUGGGCAUAUUUCAAAUAUAUACUGCUGUUUAUGGCAGCUUAUAAUUCACUGUUAACUGACAUCUCUUUAUUCUUAUUCACUUGAAUAAUACUUGAUAACUUUCAUGACUGAAGAAAAUUUGCUUGCAGACACUGACGGCAAAUUAAAGAAAUAAAAAAGCACAACAUUCUGUUGAGAUCUUUAAGUGUUCAGGAGGUUGGAUUAAAAGAUUUUGUUCAACAGGUUAUCAUAUUCGACCCCUCGAGGCUCUCCGUCACUUCAUGCAAAAAUACGUUUCCAAAGCAAAUGUCAUCUCCAAGUACUUUCAAUUUAACUACUAAGAGUUAGCUUGUAAAAUCGAUAUUACAUUCGCUCUUGAUCAGAACUUUCGGGUAAGAUCUGUCGAUCUCUAAAAUGCAGAGACAGGCUCGGCUGCGCCUCGUGUGCCAUUUGUUCUGUUUGUAACACAUCUUGUUGGUAGACGUACGUCAUCUGUAAUAUGUUACUGAACGUACACAGCCGGCGUUAAGGAAUCUAUUUUCACUCUACUAUGAAAUGAAUCUCUUCCAGUUCCGGGUCAAAUCGGCGCAAAUCCAGUCUUGCCCAGUGGGGAGCAUUCCUUUCCAUUCGAGGUUCGGCUCCCAGAAGACAACCUUCCCACCACAUUUGAAGGAAAACAUGGCCACGUGAAAUACUGGCUCAAGGCCAUUCUUGAUCGGCCGUGGAAAGAUGAGAUUAAGAUCGUAGAACCGUUCACCGUCACGGAGAGGAUUGAUGUUAAUCAGGCGGAGUUUCUCGUAAGAUCAUGCACCGAUCAUUCAGUACAAUGUAAACUACAUGAAUAUAUAAUUAUAAAGCUCAUGGCUACACUAUUAGUGGUAAUACUGGUGGUAAAGAAUUUGAACUCGGAGCACCAUUCGUUCAAAUGGAGAUGGAAAGAGAGCGCGAAAGAGUAACUCCGAGGCGCGAAAAAUAGAAAAACCAACAAACACACUCACACACACAUGCAAACCUCGUUGCUUAAUCUUUUGACACCUAUCUUAAAAUGGGAAAUUUUCCUGUUGCCGUUCAGUAAUGACCGAGGCGGUGGGGAGGGGCUCAAGACGCAGCUUUGUCCCUGAGGGCAACGGACCAUCACCAUAGGUUCCCUUGUUCUUAAGUUUCGUUGUGUUGAACUAAAACGAAAUUUGGAUUGAAAAGAGAAAUAUCAAUGUCAUGUUUUGUUUUGCUUUAAGCGCCCAGCUCAAAUCCAGGAAGACCGGACAAUGGGUUGCCUGUGCUGUGUCUCUGGGCCACUGAGUGUCACAGUCAGGACAGACAGAGCAGCCUAUUGUGGAGGUGAACUUAUGACAGUGACAGUGUACGCUAACAACCAGUCGAAACACAGGAUUCUUGGAGUGGAAUUAGAGCUCAUUAAGGACACUGUAUUCGUCGCAUCUGGAGGUGGGUGGAACAUUGGACCUUUAGUGUAUUUCUCACAACAGAGUUAUUCCCUUAGCGCACGUUCAUUGGCUGACGCGGUGCUAAGCAAAGUACGUUAGUUCGUUUAACAAGUUAUACUUAGCAUGAACGAAUUACUUUUUUCCGUUCUCUCUAGGUAAAAAGGUUUUCAGUGCUGAAACUAUCGCAACUAUCACAAAAGCUUGUAAUAAGACCUCGAACACAGACGGACAUGACUUCUUUGAGAUGGUGCCAUUUCUCAUCCCAUCCCUAACGCCAACUAUGAAGAACUGCAGGUGUAUAAAGAUUUCGUACCAAAUGAAGGUAAAUUUUCCAUGUUCACAGUUGUUUUUCCAGGGUUCCAAUAAUCGAAAGACACUCUCAGACAAAACAGACACGAAUCAUCUUGAAAUACGUUAUCUAAAUUUUUCAAGUAUGUCGUUGGCACCCCGCCUGCACUCUUCCGGGCUCCAUCUUAAUCAUCGUCGGUCAUGUCUGGAUUUUGUUUUCUAUAUUUCUUUCUUUUUUUCUAUUUUUCCUUGGUUUACGGUGAAGAUAAUUUUACAAAUUGCAAAAAAUUAACUCAUGGCAGUAAUUAAUAUUAAUGUUAAAUAAUAGAGUGCAUUUCGACUUAGUUGGGAUACAAGCAAGAAGGUAGUAAGAGAUGUCUGGAGAAAAAUUUUAGUAAAAAACGAAUGACAAUCUGUGAUUGGUUUCUGAGCCAUACCGCGAAAGUGGUGUGAGUUUUCUAAAACGCCUCUGACCACAGAAAAUAGUUAAACAGACCCAAUGCAAGAGUCAAUUUCAACUUAAUUACUCCUAUCUUUCUAUUUCCUAAUCUGUUCUUCUAGUCCACUCUGCUGAUACGAGGAUCCGUAAACUUCUGUGUCCAUUUACCAAUCACCAUCGGCUCCAUUCCCUGCCAAGUGAGUACAUCUCGCAGACCAUCCCAAAAAGGCUCCAACUCUUCGAUAUCAUCAGGUGUCACGUUCAUGGGAUUCCCGUCUACGUCUAUGGAACACUCUGACGGUAUGAUAUCAUGUAAUGAAGAAGGUUAAAAGUCUUACUUUCCGGAUAUACCUCUAUAAAGUGACGGGGUUACUCGUCAGACAAUUUCAGAAACCCCCUCGAAAAGAUGCCAGAAGUUCAUUCCGUGGGAGUGGAACCGCACAGUACUUUCUUUCUUUCUAUUUAUUGAUCAUUUGCCCAAAAUCUUUUCAUUAUUUCAGGUUGUUUUGCCCCAAACGUUUCUGUCCCUUCUUUCCGAUGAAGCACCCGCCCAACUACCUUGAUCAUGCUCUCCUAAUCACGACUUACUUUUCCUUUCAGCCCCACCAUCUUAUGCUGAAAGCAUCAGAGGUCAGACGAGAAGAUAUGAUGCAGUGUAUUACAACAAGGGAGAGGAAUUUAAUUCACUCAAUUCACCGCAGUUCUCUGCGGAUACUAAGAAGACAUCCUAAUUUUCUCUUUGGUUAAACAGUUUCAACAAUAUUAGGAGGGAUCAAGAGAAGAUAGAAGCACUUGUUGGUUUUCGUGACCAGAAUGUGUACGAGUUCCUCACUGGAAGAUGGAAAUAGUUUUUAAUCAAGUUUAUGUACAUAUAUGCAAGACGAACUAUAGCUUUGAAGACUCAUUCACGCCGAGAUGCCGCUUUUAACUAUUCAAGGAAAAAUUUUGAUAACACUCCGGCGUAAGAAAUCUAAAUAUCCUUAAUUCAAAGGAAACCGUAUGCCGUGUGAAAAUUUGGCCAAAACGUCGAAAUAACUCAAAAAUUCUGUUUGUAAGCAAUACACAAGUAUGUCUGUCCUGUGCACACGCGUAAUACAGCAGAGCUCCAUAAAAAGAGGAAUAAUAGAACCACAGUGAAUUAGAAUAGAAGUGAAAAUAUUGAACAAAUUAGAAUAAAAUAAUGAUAAAAUUCCAAGACCUUGGUCAAAUGCUACGACAUUGUGAGAUGGUGUUUGGAGAUGUUGGCCAAACGUACACAUUGCAACAUGUUGCAACAUUUUACAGGUUUGUCGAUGCUGAUAUGCCCCAAUCCCUUGGCCCGCUCGAAGCUCGGACGUCAACGCCAUUUCUAAAAUGGGGGACUUUGAGUGGUAUUGAUGUCGUCGUGGAGGAAUGUUAGCUUUCACUAGCACUACUGCUAACGGAUGAUGAAAGAGUUAGUUAGGGAGGUAAAACUCGGCAAUGGAUUAAGAAGAAACAAGAGGGUUGAUUUGCAAAUGCUGG